GUUUCGUUUGAUAAAGAACUCAGCACAACCCUAAUUGAGGGACUGGCAGUGAAUCAAUCUUUUCAAGGGUGAACAUCAAUCUUAUUAAGGGUAUUUCGGUCAUUUACUAUUAACUUAACGGUAAAUUAGCUUUAAAAUGGAUGACAAUCCGCGAAUUAAACAUUAAGUACUAAAUCUAACUAUUUUUGAAAAUUGAGAAAUUCAAGUGUUAAUUAUAGCAAAAUCAAGGACUAAAAAAUAAAUUUUCCAUAAUAUUAUAUACAUUUUUUAUGCGUUUUAAUUCAACAGGUUUAUAAAAAUGAAAAUCUUAUAAAAUUGGUCGAUUCCAUUAAUUCCAUGGAAUUUCUGUGGUUAUUCAAUUUUUCUGUUGGCCUUUCUCUCGUUGUGCUGUUUACAGAUAACAGAGAAAAAGGAUCACGGCCCAAAAGACUGCGAUUCUCUGUUUCUCUCUGCGAUGGGGUCAAUACGAAUGAUAGAUAUAGCGGUUAAUUUCACAGAUGGAAUGUUCAGAGGAAUCUACAAUGGCAAGCAACACCAUGUAGCUGAUGUAGCUACGGUGCUAAGCCGGGCUUGGAGCGCUGGUGUUGAUAGAAUAAUUGUGACUGGUGGGUCCCUUGAGGAAUCGAAAGCAGCUCUGGCCAUUGCAGCGACUGAUGGAAGGCUCUUUUGUACAGUUGGGGUCCACCCUACAAGGUGCAAGGAGUUUGAAGAAAGUGCAGAUCCAGAACAGCAUUUUCAGGCUCUUCUGUCAUUGGCCCAAGAGGGAAUUCAGAAAGGGAAGGUGGUGGCCAUUGGUGAGUGUGGAUUGGAUUAUGAUAGGCUUCACUUUUGUCCAGCAGAGAUUCAGAAAAAGUAUUUUGAGAAGCAGUUUGAAUUAGCACACGCCACAAAGCUGCCUAUGUUUCUACAUAUGCGUGCAGCUGCUGAUGAUUUCUGUGAGAUUGUGGAGCGCAACAGGGAUAAAUUCAGUGCUGGGGUCACUCAUUCGUUUACUGGCAGUGCAGAAGAUUGUGAUAAAAUUCUCUCAUUCAAUAAUAUGUACAUAGGUCUAAAUGGUUGCUCAUUGAAGACAAUUGAGAACCUUGAUGUCGUGAAGGGUAUUCCUGUUGAGAGAAUGAUGAUUGAGACAGAUUCUCCAUAUUGUGAAAUCAAAAAUACUCAUGCAGGGAUUAAUUUCGUAAAAUCUUUGUGUCCCUCUAAGAAGAAAGAGAAGUAUGAUCAGAACUGCAUUGUCAAAGGCCGGAAUGAGCCUUGUUUGGUUCGGCAAGUUCUUGAGGUUGUGGCUGGCUGUAAAGGUGUCAGUGACAUAGAUCAAAUGAGCAAGACCAUUUAUCAUAACACCUGUAGGGUUUUCUUUCCCCAUGACUUGGAUACUGCUGCAGAUGCUAUUCUUGCUGGUCGUCAUAAUUCACAGUGAAGUUCUUGUGAUUGUUAAAGAAAAUUUUCUUACUGGAGGGCGAGAUCCUUAACCCCUUUCUUAAUGUGUGGAAAUUGAAACCAUGACUGAUGCGUCAUCAUUCAAGGAUUUUGGUGUUGUAAUGAAACUGGGGGAUUUAGGCUUAUCAAAGUUGGUUAAUCUCACCAUGAGGUUGAUUGUGUAACUGCCCCAGACUCCAGAGGAGUUUUCCAAUUUUUUUUUCUCAGAUCCCUGAAUUCCAUAAAUUCACUUGUACAACUGACAGCAUAGAUUGAAUCUCACUUUGUGCUUUGCUUUGAAUGAUAAAUUUGAAUCAUUCUCAUGA